CCCGUCCCUCCUGUCUCCGCCCAUCCAGCGCGAGCGAGCUGCUCCCCGCCCCCCACGCUCACGCUCAGGGGUCGACCCUUCCCCUUCCCGACGCCGGGACGCGGGGCCUGACUGUAGGCCCCGGACCUGGUCCGCCCUGCGGCUGCGCGCCCGCCAGCUGCUGGGAGCGAGCUGUGCGGUGGGGAGAGGAUGCACCGUUUGCGGAUGGCUGCCGGGAAGAGGGAGGCGUGGGGUGCCCCUUCUUUCUCUUCAGAUGCACUAGCGAGCUGUAGGAACAAUGGCCAGGGGACGUGUGUCAGACCUAUGACUGAAAUUGACAAACUCGCCGCCUUGCUGUUCGCCGAACGUGGGUCUCACACCAUUUUGCUGGUGCAGCCUACCAAGAGGCCAGAAGGCAGGACUUAUGCAGACUAUGAGUCUGUGAAUGAGUGCAUGGAAGGUGUUUGUAAGAUGUACGAAGAACAUCUGAAAAGAAUGAAUCCUAACAGCCCCUCCAUCACAUACGAUAUCAGUCAGUUGUUUGAUUUUAUUGAUGAUCUGGCAGAUCUCAGCUGUCUUGUUUACCGAGCUGAUACACAGACGUACCAGCCUUAUAACAAAGACUGGAUCAAAGAGAAGAUCUACGUGCUCCUUCGUCGACAGGCCCAACAAGCUGGGAAGUAGUUGAGUCGGAAGCAUUAGGGGCUGGGGGUGGGCUUGGAACAGGUGCAUACAGCGUGCUGUAGUGAAGAUUUUGUAUGAUAGUAAUCCUGUUUCCAUUUUGUUACGCUAGAGCCAAGAUUGAAUGUAUGACAUGGAACAUGAAUGAUAUUUUCAUUCUGAAAACCACCAUUAUUGCCCCUUUACUCUUUUUCUUUUUUUUUUUACUUAAACAUUUUUAUGAUAAUUCAGAGAGAGUGUUCUUUGCCAUUUAAGGUUGGUUCCAGUCCUUGAAACUGUUGGUGUCUGCUUUACAGCAGUGAGUGCACUAACCCCUUGUGAGGGGUGGGGUGGUGACAAGCUUAGUUAUGUCCUCUGGGAAAGUCUUAGUGAAAAUAAAGAAAUGUUCUGUAGUUGUAUUUCUCAUUGAGUUUUUUGGUUUUGUCUCUAAGCAUUGAAUUGUCUGGAAAAGCCUUAACAGUUUAAAGUCAGUAGGUUGCUACACAAAGAACUUGAAAGUUUAUGUAUUUGGACCCAUUUUGUUGUGAUUUACUUAUAUGAAACUAAUGAGCUUUUACCUCAAUUUUCCAGCAAUCAAUAAAUCUCAGUUGUAGUGACAAUAUUUGUAUCUACUGUGGGUGCAAACAUGAGGUGCUUCUGGACUCAGCAAUGGGAAUAUCUCCAUUGACAAGUUGGAAAUAGUACAAAUGCAUUUAGUACCCCAACCUGUGGAGCAUCACAACUGCAGACAGUACACUGGAUUCAGUGCCUUCCUCCCCCAUGACUGUGACUAAUGCAGCUCCCUUCCCGGCAUUACUUCAGAGCAUUAGACCUGAGAGCACUAGCUUGCGAAAAGAAUUUAGAGCACAAAAUGUUCCUCUUUCACAGCAUCCUAAGUUGGGAACACUCUCCAAGAGUCUCUGGGAAGUCAGAGUCUGCAGCAGGGAAUACUAACUAUCCACCCUUCCAUGGAAGGUAUUAGGGUGAGGGGAGGAUCACAGAAACAGUACAAAGCCGUCUCGGUUGGAGUACAGUGGUUCUGUUAUGACUUGAACACACCAACUGUCCUCGUCAUUGAGUACUGCAUACUCCUAAUUCUGUUACUUCCCCAAUGGUCAGCGUCUUCACACACCAUGAGGUUGAUAGUUUACAGGGAGGCUCGUGAUCGGCCUACUGUUCCUUCUUCCCUGCUCCUCUCCCUAUAUUAGACCCUUAACUCUAUGUUUUAUGCAAAAUAAAUGGAGAAAUUGAUGGCCAUCUAUUGCAGUACUGCAGAUGAACUUGAGGCCUUUACACAUUGAAAUCAUGCUCUUACCACUGUGCCUAUCCCUGCUUGAUGGUAAUGGAAAUAUCACUCUACCAUAGACUUAACUAGGGUACCUGUCAGAAUUCUAGUCAUGAUGUUCACCGGGAAUUAGCCUGACUUAAAUCUCAAAAGACAUAGCUGCAGCAGUCACAUUAGGAGGCUAUUUUUUUCACAGUAUCUGUCCUGCUGACGUAGUUCUCAGCUUUGUUUAAGGUGGAACAGCAGAUAGGAAGGGAUCGGUACACUUCAUACAAUGUAGUGUAUGAUGUUGGACGUGGAAGAAAAUGUUUCAGCCAUUUCCAGUGUCAUACAUGAGAGGUCAAAGUGGCCUCUCGGUGCUGGUAAGAUGCAUGUACAAGAGAUGGCUUGUGUAAGAGCCACCUGGUUUAGAUACCUCAUGCACAAGUGUCACCUCUCAUAGGUGUCUUAGACCAAGGUGUGCCCAGGCAUGAGAGUCACUACUGAGGGAAAUUGUUGUGUGAUGUUUUAUUCUUUUGGCUCUUUUUCAGGGACCUGCCACCCAGCUCCCAGGUAAACACAUGGAGGUUUGUUUUUACUUAUAAAUGCCAGCUUGACUUGUUUCUAGCCAGCUUUUCUUAAAUUAACCCAUCUACCUUUUGCCCCAGGACUUUUUCUUCUGUACAUCUUACUUUCUCUCUUACUCUGUGACUGGCUGUGUAGCUGGGUGGCUGUCAGGGUCCUAAACCAUUUCUUGUGCUAGAGUGGAGGUGUGAGAAUUAAAACAAUUCACAUGACUAUAUGGGAAUAUAGUGAUCUUUCAAGAAGUCCUGAAUCAUAUCCUAAAAAAUCACCCAUGUUUAUUCUCCAAACAGCUUUUAUAGCAAAACGUAAACUGAGGUGGAAGCUCAUUAGCAUUAUGUUUCCUAGGCAACAGGAAGAAUGACUUAGGUCACUGCCAUACCUAUGCCUGUUCUGUCACAUACUGAAAAACACCUCUUCCCUAAGCGGCCUCCUAAAUUAUAAUAGGAGGAGCAGAACAUAUCCUGGCCCUUUAUUGGGAUGACGUCAGGUUGUCUCACUAUCAGAAGGCUGGGCGACCACCUUCUAUGUGAAAGGUACAAAUUGUGCCUUGCCAGGUCGCUCAGAAUUCUGACUGCCAUAAAAUGUAAGAAUAUGGCCUGUAUAAUCCGGCCUCUACAGGUGGCUGGCCCUUAGCUUUCUCCUCUCCUUGUUCUCUCAUUGCUCCUCCUCUUCCUCGUUCCUCUGUCUGCCAGCCCCGCUUUUCCUUGUUCCUGCCUCGCUAUUGACUGUUCAGCUCUUUAUUAGGACCAUCAGGUGUUUUAGACAGGCAAAGAAUCACAGCUUCAUGGAAUUAAACAAAUGCAGCAUAAACAAAAACAACACACCUUAAAAUAAUAUUUUGCGGGGCUGGAGAGAUGGCUCAGUGGUUAAGAGCACUGACUGCUCUUCUCAAGGACCCGGGUUCAAUUCCCAGCACCCACAUGGCAGCUCACAACUGUCUGAAAAUCCAGUUCCAGGGGAUCUGACACCUUCACACCAAUGCACAUAAAAUAAAGUUAAAUAAACCAUAAAAAUUUAAAAAAAAAAAAAUAUUUUGCAAGAAAUAGCUGUUCUCCCUCCUUGAGUCUGUAAUUUCCCCCAUUUAGGUAUAAUUUGCCAGUUGAGGGCCAUUAUUUACAUAAUAGGCAAUCUUGUCUAGUAGCAGAUUAUUCCAUCCUCUCAAGAAUAAAGCUGAAAGCCAACCCACAGUCAAGUUUGUAGAGCAGAGCUUGUGUCAACCCUAAUCCGCACUUGAGAAGUUUAAGGUGGAGGACACAUCUAGCCGGCUCCAUGAAGGAAGCCCCUCUCUCUGAUUCUGAGGGAUUUGUUUCUGAGACAUUCUAACUUGCCAAACCUGGCCUCAAACUUGUGGGCUCAAGUGGUCCUUGUCCUCUAUCUCCUGAGCAGCUGGAGUCACAGACUGGCUAGAGGGCAGCUUAAACAGGACAUGGACGGACAGCAGGAAGAUAGAACAGGCAGGGAGGGGAUGUGGCCUUGGAUAGUAAGCCACCGUGCUUGGAGCAAAGCGACCAUAUAAUAUAGAUAAAAGUCAAAACUAUGGCCACAGCGCCUUAGAAAUCAAGCUGAGGCUUAGGCUGCAGGUAGCCUUAAAAGAUUUUUUAGUCAUAACCUGUCAGGUCUUUGCAUGAGAAGGAUUAAGCAUUCUGCUGUGUAGACUGGACUGAAAAGCCAGAGAAUAUAAAAUCAUCGAAGUCAAUCCAGGAAGUUUUCAGUGAGGCAGGUAAGAGAAAUUACAAAAAGUCUUUUGACUUGGAUUUCAGGAGCUCUCAGCCCUACACUAUACAAGACAAAUAGCACAUUUGCAGGUAAAGUACAGGAGCGUGCUGUGUGAUGAAAUAUCUGGGCCUAAUGUCUGGGGAGUGGGGGAUGAGGACCCCCCACGUGAGGCAAGGGAGGGCUUCUUAGUACCUUAUAACGAUUCUUGCGCACACACACCUUCCCAGUCAAGAAGGACUUUAUCCUCAACUACGAUCCCAUCGCUUUUGCUUUUGUCAGGGAUUUUUAUCCUAGCAACAGAAAAGUAACUCAUACAACAAAGUUCACUGAAAACUUAAGAGUGGUGAUAUGGUAAUUUGGAAGGGUGUGUGUGUGCGCACACGCAUGUGUGCACUCAUGAUAGUGCACAUGUGUGUGUUUGCAUGAGGACAGCCUUGGGUGUCAUGUAUUCCUCAGGUAAUUUGAGACAAACCUAGAACUAUUUGGCCUAGAACUAGCCAAAUAGGCCUAACGCCUAACCAGAGGCUAGGAGAUGGGUCCCAGGGGUCCAUCUGUCUGUGCUUUUCUAAAGUUGGAAGUUACAGAUGGCUUUUUGUUUUUUUUCCUUUUGAGACAGGGAUUUCUCUGUGUAACAGCCCUGACUGGCCUGGAACUAGCUCUAUAGACCAGGCCAGCCUAAAACUCACAGAGGUUUGCCUGCCUCUUUCUCCCAAGUGCUGAGAUUAAAGGCGUGCGCCAUCACUGCCCAGCUCAAGAUGGCUUUUUUAAAAGUUCUGGGUAUUGAACUUGGGUCCUCACACUUGUCAGGCAAGCACUUUACUGAACUGUUUCCAGUCCUGGAUUUUUUUUUUUUUAAUGAGGGUAAUUUACUUACAUGUAAGCAAAAGAAAUGUCUAGUUUUCAUUUCUUUAAUCUUUUGAGAUUAUAACAUAAUUACAUGAUUUACUCUUUCCUUUUCUCCCUCCAAACCUUCCCAUAUACUCCUUCCUGCUCUCUUUCAAACUCAUGGUCUUUUUGCUCAUUAAUUGUAGUUACGUAUGUGUGUGUGUAUCAAAUACAACCUAAGAAGAAAAAUAAGAGCCAGAGAAACGGGUUUUUACUGCGAGAAUGUCAGAAGCUACACCUACAAAGUCUCACCAUCAUGAUUGCCUAAGCAUGAGCUGAAUAAUAAUCUGGGCAUGAUGGUGCAUGUCUUUAAUCCCAGCACUCAGGAGGCAGAGGCAGGUGGGUGUCUGUGAGUUUGAGGCCAGCCUGCAGCCUGGUCUACAGAGUGAGUUUCAGGACAGCAAGGUCUGUACAGAGAAUCCUGGGGGCAGGUGAGGGAAGGGGAGGCACACAGCUGAUGACUGGCAAUGCUAAUGUGUCUGGGAAGGUUCAAGAGGCCUCAGCCCUAUGCAGAACCACAGGCAACUAAGGAAUGCCGAGAAAUAGUCUUCCCCAGGGAAGAGCUCAACAAUUGGCUAUCCAGUACCAAAUGGUCAGCCCUGAAAGCAUAUAACAUAAAAGUAACAUUUACAGAUUCAGCUGUUCAUUUGUUUUUCAUGUAUUGGUUUGCAUGCUACAGAUUUUCAAACUCUGGAGAACUGAAUUCAGUCAGAGUUCAGACCAGAGAAAGUGAGAAAAUUAUCCAGAUGUCCACUUCCAGCCAUAACAACCAUAAAGCUCAGGCUAAUGAACCAACAGUUUCACUUUUCAGACGCUAGUCAGCAAGGCAACAGCAGGCUGGGAAUCCUGAAUGAGGAGAAACUUGAGGGAGCACCACACCUCGGAUUUUUCUGGAAGGCAGUCAUGGGGAGGAUCCACACGGGGCCAGUCGCCUUCUGAUUGAAGAGACUGAUUUAAGAAUCUAAGUGAAGCUGGGGGCAGCUGGCAGUCACAGGGCACAGAGCUGGAUAGAGGGAAGCUGAAAAGGAACUUCCAGAAUCCCAGGGAGCGGGAGCCAUGGAGAAACCUGCAUACUGACUUGCUCCUCACGUUCAUGUUCCUAUACAACCCUGGGCCCUCCCACACAGAGUUGCCUACAGGCCAAUCUGAUGGCUGCAUUUUCUCAGUUGAGGUUCCCUCUUCCUAGAUGAUUGGUUUGUAUCAAGUUAAUAAACUGACCAGCACAGAGAAGGAAACUCAGAACUCCUGUGGGGUGAGGAGACAUGAAAGUGACCAGCCCCAGUUGAGUCCUAUAUGACUAUGUAGGGCAUGCAAUUGUAGAGGGGAGUUUCUGACCCGUGGAAGACCCCAGUGUGUGUCCCUUCAUAAUGAGACUGAAGUGUCCCUCAAAGCAAGCGUUCUCUAGACUUCCUUACCAGAACCUCAGAAUGCUGCAUGAAGGAAUCAACCCAUCUGCAAAUAAUCGGUGUGCCAAAAUAGAGACCAGUGUUUAUUAAAGGUAAUGGAUAAAGAAACAUAUCUGUCCCACAUCCAAAUUACUAGUCAGAGAAAAACUGGGAAGACUGUUCACAGCCAGAGAUGAAAAUCAGCAGAAACUAACCUUGAAAUUGACAGGGAUGGAGUUACCAGAGAGGAACAUUAAAACAGUCAUUAUAAAGAUACAGACCCAGCUGGAUGCUGGUGGUAUACGCUUCUAGUCCCAGAACUCAGGAGGCAGAGGCAGGUGAAUCUCUGUGAGUUUAAGGCCAACCUGGUCUACAAAACAAGGUCCAGGACAGCCAGGGCUGUUACAGAGAGAUUCUGUCUCAAAAAUCAAUAACCAAAUAAAUAUACAAAUCCUUAGAGCUAAUAUGAUUGUAUUAGGGAAAAAUUGAAGAUAUUUCUAAAUUAUUUUUAGACAAAUAUAAUUUAUAAAGAUAAAAAAAUAUUGAUCUGGAAAUGUGGCUCAGCUGUUAAGAACUUGUAUGGCGUUCAAUUCCCAGCACCUAUAACAGGCAGCUCACAACUGCCUGUAACUCCAGUCCCAGGGGAUCCUGUGCCUCUGAUACCCAUGAGUACCCCCACACAUGGCAUACACACACAUAUACACAUGAUUAAAAAUAAAAUAAAAAAUGUAACAUAUACACGUAUAUAUAUUUCAAAUGCAAAUUAUACUGAUAGGCUUUAAUUAAAAACAAUGUGCAAAUUCUUGAAAAUUGCUGUGAGUAGGUUUUAAGCUUAUCCCAAAUAAAAUGCUAGGUAAUUCAUAUAUUAAUUAGUUUUAUUUAGUCAUUUCCUAAUAUAUAAAUUAAA